AAUGCAAAAUCGCGGUAGGGGCACUACCGUCAAUUCGUCGUCCUCUUCAGCCACCGAGGGCAGACCGGCAGAGCAACGAUUCCAGUCAUUCGCGGGGAAGGGGAGAGUGUCGUCGAUGAGAGAACGGCGUCGCCGGGAACCCGUUCCACCCAUUUCUGUUGGCCAACAAGUUCUGAAGGGGCGCGUGUCGUCGACGCUCUUCAACAGCUACUCCUCCACCCUCUUUCUUCACCUCAACUCUUCUCUUGCGACCAAUACUUAGCUCUCUGUCUCUCUCUGAAACACAAUCUAGGGUUUAGAGUUUAGGGUUUUGGCUGUUUUUGAAUUCGUCUCUCUUUUCCUUUUCUCUUUGCGGCCGAUUUGAUAGUGUUGCUUUUUGAGGUUUCCAGAUUACGUAAGUACAUAACAAUAUAACAUGCCAUAGGAAAAACAAGAAGAAUGGUUGAGAAAACAAAGAAGCGCAUGAAGGGUUCCAUCAGCGAAGAAGACAUCUCCACUCUCCUUCAAAGGUAUACGGCAACGACGGUUCUGGCGUUGCUUCAGGAAGUCGCGCAUUGUCCGGGCGUGAAGAUCGACUGGAAUGCGUUGGUGCAGAAUACUUCAACUGGGAUUUCGGAUGCUAGGGAGUACCAGAUGCUAUGGCGCCAUUUAGCUUAUCGUCAUACUUUGCUCGAUAAAUUGGAAGAUGGGGCUCAUCCUAUGGAUGAUGAUAGUGAUUUAGAGUAUGAAGUUGAAGCUCUUCCCACUGCUAGCAAUGAAUCUUCUACAGAGGCUGCAGCAUGUGUAAAGGUACUGAUUGCUUCUGGUUUACCAAGUGAGUCUAGCCUCCCAACCAGCUCAAUAGUUGAUGCACCAUUAACUAUAAAUAUACCCAAUGGUCUGUCACCCAGAGCUCCUUCAGAAAAUUCAGAAGCUACCUGUUCAAUGCAAGGGACAAGCAUUACUGUUUCGGUUUCUGUUCAGAAGCAGGCCCUUCCUGUAGCUAUACCUGCUGAAGUAUUGGAUGCGAAUGGAUCAGCCAGUGGCAACCUGCCUCCACGAAGGAAAAGAAAACCAUGGUCAGAGGCAGAGGAUAUGGAACUGAUUGCUGCCGUGCAAAAAUGUGGUGAGGGAAAUUGGGUGAACAUUUUAAGGGGAGACUUCAAGUUCGAUAGGACUGCUUCACAGUUAUCUCAGAGGUGGGCCAUUAUUAAGAAGCGGCGUGGCAACUUAAAUGUAGGAUCCAACUCCACUGGCUCACAACUUUUUGAGGCACGGCGGGCAGCUCAUCACGCAAUGUCCCUAGCCCUCGAUAUGCCAGUUAAAAACUUAACAGCCAUACGUUCUGCUGCAACAAAUACAACUAGUAACUCUGUGCUUCCUACAACUGGUGAAGCUGCUAUGGUUGCCAGCAACUUUAUACAAGCUCAGGACCAGUCUGAAGAAGGCUCCAUUCCUACAAAAUCCUUUCCCAUUGGAUCAUUGGGUUCCCUAGCAAAAUCUCAAGUAUCCUCAAUAAAACCUUCAACAAAACCUACUAUUGAUUUAGAUUCUGCAUUAAGAGCAACUGCAGUUGCUGCUGGUGCCCGCAUUGCUUCUCCAUCAGAUGCUGCAUCAUUUAUCAAGGCUACCCGGGCAAAGAAUGCUGUCCACUUCAAAUCCGCAGGUGGUUUUUCAACCAAAUUGUCCGUGCCUGGCGGUGUGUCAACUCACUCAGAGACCCAAACUAAUGUACGUCUUGAAGCCAAACCGUGUUUGUCCUAUCCUGCUGCCACUGUCACAAGUACUGCUUCACAUCCCGGUUUGGUAAACGCUUCCUUGCCAACAGUUCAGCAUGCUCCAUUCGCUUUUGCCACAUCAUCAAAUAUGUUGUCUGAACCGACUAAUGCUGUUGGCUCUAGUCUGCCCUCUGAACUUCUGCCAAAGCAAGAGGUUAGGACUGCAGAGGGAUCAAAGCCCCGUCACCAGACAAGAAAGCAGAGUGCACAAAACAAUUGAAUGGUGUUAACAAUCCAAAUAGUUCUUUGAACACGAAGACAGUUGAAAGUGAUGAGAAAGCUGUGCCAUUGACAACGGCUGAAGGUAGACAAAACAUGAGCGAUAAUGAUAUGAUGGGUUCACCACUUAGAUGUGAAAAUCAGUCUGCAAUUGAGGUGAAUUUUCAGAAUCAAGGCACAAAUGAGAAACAGGCAGACUUGCCAACAACGGUAGCAGAUGGAUGUGGUGAAUAGCUGGAAAUUUCUAUUUUGAAUUGUGUUUAGGAAAUUGUGUAUAAAUUUUAGAUGUUAGAGAAUAUUGUGGAAAUUGGUGUAAAUUUUUCUCAUUUUGUUAAUAGGGUGAUGGUAUUGUGGGGGAAUGGGGGAUGCACUCGAGCAUUCAAGAUGGAAUAUCGUUCGAGUUGGGUGGUUUCCAUUUGAAAGGGAGGUCUCUUUGGGAUGCUAAAAUCUGUGUUUGUGUGUACAUAUGUAUAUAGCAGUGUUUCCGGAAAACAGAAAUUAUUCGCAU